AAAGUGAUUUUAAACAUAUGAUCCCAAACUUCAUGUGACAACUACCCAUGUGAUUUUGACAACACUAUUAUCAUAUGAUUAAAGGGGUUCGGUCUGGGAUCAUUUUCUAAAGUAGAGUGUUUCUUCACAAAAAUGCAGCAUAUUGUGCUUGUUUUAGGUUUAGUAGCUUCAGUAUAUGGGGCUGGAGAACUCUCAAUAAUCCAUCACCCAGGUAGCAUCGUAUUCAAAGGGCAUGACGCUAUCAAGGAAAGUACGUUGCCUGAAGUCUUCUCUGCUGCCCUUGGGUUCUCGACAGAGCACUUUUCUCAUUGGCAAGGGUUUUACAUUGAGAACCCCUUCAAUAUACCCGAAGCCAUUGUAACUGUUGCUGUAGAUGGGGUGCAGGACAUUGGGCAGAAUAAGGGCCAUCACUACCCUCUAUUGACCAAUGAUGACGAAAAUCGCGUCUUUAAAGCUCUGGCUUCCAGGAUUUCGGAAAGGUAUCCUGAUGAGGAACCUAGUUUAGUCCGGAUUGAUUUUGCUAAUGGGUUAGAUGAUGUGCAUCAAUACAGUAUUUUUGAUGGAAUCAAGAGCGAAAACCCCAAACACGUGUCGCACAAGCACUUGAAGCUUGAUGUGGAGGAAGACAGAACUUUUUUGAAAGACAUUGCUCUUUUGAAUGCAAUCAUAGAGAAAGUUGAAAACCGCGCUGUUAAGGAAGACUUUGUACCCGAUGUAUACUGGUUCAAAAUCUCCUCUCUUCACUCUUUGUCAGAUCUUCAUGGACCGAAUUCGACUGAAACCCAGGAGGCCAAGAAGCUUCUCCAAGACACAAUUGUUCGUCUAACUGAUGCUUUCGUAAAGCAGUAUAAUAACCAUGUUCUUGUCUCUGUUAUAACGAGUGAUGCGAGCCACACUAGAUUGAGAAGGAAUAUUUUGGCUACUUCCGAAACCGACAGCGAUAAAACCAAGUACAAUCUAGCUUCCACCUACUCAAAGGACUAUCCUGUAAUUUUCAACAUAAUCCUGUGGUUUUCUAUUGUUAUGCUGUUUGCGAUUCUGGCGAUCUGCCAUGUUACUGCUAAUAUGGAUCCUGGCCGUGACUCCAUCAUCUACAGGAUGACCAGCACCAGAAUUAAGAAAGACAAUUAAUUUCCUGAGAUAUUUGGAAACUCCAUUUUGCAUUGAAGUAGUACAGAAUUUAUCAUUUUGAUCAGUUGUUGUAAACUUGUAAUUUUUGUUGUAAAUAGAAAUUGUUAUGCACUCAUCGGAACAAGCGAGCACAAUGUUUUCAAACAUUCCUCAAAUUGUAUUAGAUUAGAAUGUAGCUUUAGAUUAUGUAAAAUGUGCUUAGAUUAGUCUCAUCAUUUUGAACUUGUGGGGAACUAUCAUCUAACCAAUAGUGUCAAGUGCUUUGGAUUUUGGUUUCAUUGACAAAAAGUAUUUAAAUAAAACCGCCCUAGUAUUUUACACUUGCUGUAAAAAUUACCAUCAUAGAAACUAUUUUCCCGACCGUUUUUCCUUUUGCUCACACAUCAGAACCCAGUGAAAUUUUACAUAGCAAGAUAAUCUUACAACUUAGUGUAGCAAUUAAUAAGGGAUGCAAUUUUGGACCGGAAGCUUUGUUGAUAUAAGUUGAAUUUAAUAUGUAGUUAUGGGGACUGGUUAAAUUGGUUGUUGGGUCAUUGAUGAAUUCAAGACAAAUUAUGUAAUAUUUUCUUUGUUUUUAAAUAACUAUGCAUUGAAAGCACAGUUAUUUUAAGCUAAGUAAGUUAAACAAAAGUAUGUAUGUAUUGGAAAACACUUGGAAUGUCGGUAUAAUAUAAUAAAUCGCGUAGUUGCUGUAGUUUAGA